AUGGGAUGUCUUUUUGGAAAAUAAGAAUAAACCUAAAACAGAUAUCAAAUGAAAGAAUAUGACAAAUUUAAAGUUCUGCAAUUAAGUAUAAUUAAUGGUUACUAUCAUCUAAGUUCAAAGUAGCGAAGAGAUGUUUUUAAUAUUUAAUCUUUAGGUAUAUUUAUAACUAAAUAGGGUGCAUGGAAUCACUGGAUUUAUCAGAAAUGUGAUGGCAAACUCCUUUUAUUUUUAAGUAUAUACAAAAUCAUCCUAUUCUUUCUUAGAUUAAGUGCAAUAAGAUCAGCAGAUAUUAUCACAAUUAUUUCCAAUAAGCAAACAAAAUUUCAAAUUAGUAGUAAUCAAUGCAAAAUAUACAUCAAGUUGAGCAAUUUGCCAAAGCCUUUGUUUUACUAAAUAAUAUAAUCCGAUGAAGCUUUCUUAAAAAAGAACAUGAUCAACAAAGAAGAAGUUUUUAAUGAACAAUACUCAUGUUUCGACGAGUCAGAUAUCGAAAUGGAAUAAGAACCAGAAAUCGAUCUAGCCAAUUAAUCAUUAGACCUUUCAGGCAUUGAUAAUAAUAACAAUAAUGUAUCUCCAAUAAAGAAAGCCAAUUUUGACGAUGAUAAAAUUAAUCAUUAAAAGUUAAUCUUAGAUUAUUUGGAUCAUUUUUGUCCUCAAACAGAAGAUUAAUAUUAUAAAUGGUUGAUAAAUGAGAAAGUAAUUCAUUAUCUCCAACAAUCUUUGCAUAUCAACUUAUGGUUCAAUAAGUUAGAUUUGGAAGAAAGGUUCGUUUGGCAGUAAACUAACACUAAUUCCUUUGUUAAAAGAAGGUUUUAAUUGAUUGAAAAUAAAUUGCUCAUUCUUUUCGCAUCAGAAACCUAGGAUAUAAUUGAACUUAUCCCGUUAGCAUAUUCAAAAGUACAAGAAGCUCCAAAACAAUAAUAUGUCAAUAAAUUUGGAAUUUUUAUUAAAUGUGAUAAAUUAAAGAUAGAUGUCUAAUUGUUUUUUGAUACUCUACUAGAAUUGCAUCAACUUUAUUGUCCUUAUCCUUAGAAAUAUGAAAUCUUAAAUACAACUAACAAAUCACACAUUGAAUGUGUUAACAAAUCUUUGGGAUUAAAAUUAUCAAUCCAACAAUUCAAAUUGGAUAAUAAUUCUAUUUCGAAUUUAAUUAUUCAUGAUUCAUUGUCAAAUUUCAAAGGUGUAAUCAAAUCUCAUGAAAUCCAAUUUGAAAAUACCACAAAUAUACACUAAAUAUGUGAAAAUAUCCCAUUUACACUUGAUGAAUAUCUACAAUAAAUAAAAAAGUUAAGUGAAUUCUAAAUAAGAUUGAUAGCCAAAUAAUUGCUAGUUAUCUUUAACUAUAUCCAUUUGAUGGGAGUGAUAAUUGUCUGCUUGAAUCCUAAUUAAAUUGGGGUAAUUCCAAAUAAAUAAGAGCCUGAUUCAAUCGAGAAGAUCGCCAUUUGCAACUUCUGCUAUUCUUCUUACAAAUUUAAACUGUACAAUAAACAACAAUUAUCUGAAUUUGCUGCCCCUGAAGCAAGCACUGGAUAGAUGUUUGAUGAAUUAGUCGAUUCCUAUUUAUUAUACAAAUUAUUGAUGUACAUAAUAAGAGGAUAACAAUUAUCUCCAAAUUUUAAGGAUUUUUUGAGUAAAUUGGAGAAGAGAAUUCCAAUUGAAAAAGCCCUGUAACAUGAUGUAUUUAAAGACGAAACAAUAACCACAAAAGCAAUAGAAAACAUGGUUAUUUUAAAGAACUGA